AUGCCCUCUCCUGGAGUUGCUCAACCUUCAUUGGAACCACUCUUUCAACCCUUGCAAGCGGGAGACGUGCACCUGGCUAACCGCAUCGUUAUGGCUCCGCUCACCCGUUGCCGCGCCGGGGUGGAGCAUAUACCCAACGCGCUGAUGGCUGAGCAUUACGCACAACGUGCCAGCGCAGGCUUGCUGAUAGCCGAGGCGACCAUGGCGAUGGAGGGUAACUCAGCCUUUUGGCAAGAGCCUGGCAUCUACAACCAGGCGCAGAUAGACGGCUGGCGUUUGGUGACCGAUGCUGUUCAUGACCAAGGCGGCAAGAUAUUUCUACAAAUCUGGCACGGCGGGCGCGCUUGCCACCCUGCGCUGAACGGCGGCAGGCAGCCUGUAGCCCCCAGUGCUAUUGCUAUCACGGGUGAUGAGGUACAUACGCCUGAGGGCAAGCUGCCUUACACGGUGCCGCGUGCGCUGCAAGAUGAUGAGCUACCUGCCAUAGUGGCAGGCUUCAAACAAGCGGCACAAAACGCCAAGGCAGCAGGGUUUGACGGCGUAGAAGUACACGGUGCGAAUGGCUAUUUGCUGGACGAAUUUUGGCGCGAUGGUGCCAACCAGCGCAGCGAGGGCAAAUACGCGGGAAGCAUAGAAAACCGUGCCCGGCUGAUGCUGGAGGUGCUAACUGCCGUGUGCGAAGUCUGGGGUAGCGAGCGCGUGGGUUUACGCAUAUCGCCCUUAAACAGCUACAACAGCAUGAUAGACAGUGACCCGGUGGGUAUUUCCACCUGGCUGGCGCAAGCACUAAACGCCUAUAAACUGGCCUAUCUGCACGUGAUGCGGGGGGAUUUUUUCCAACAGCAGCAGGGCGAUGUGCUCAGCCCCAUACGCCAACACUACCAAGGGGUGUUGAUAGGCAACAUGGGUUACUCGGCUGAGGAGGCCGCGGCCGCCAUAGCCGCAGGCAAGCUGGAUGCCGUAGCUUUUGGCACAGCGUUUUUAGCCAACCCCGAUUUACCCGCCCGCAUCAAGGCCGGUGCGCCACUCAAUGCGCCCAACCCCGCUACUUUUUACAGCCCAGGUGCAGCGGGGUAUACCGAUUAUCCCACGAUGGGCUGA